CUUGGCUCGGGUUCACCUGAGCAUGGCUCCUGUGUCUGAAAUGGUAGCUGUAUCUUUAAGGCGCUUGCCUACCCCUGUCUGCUUUGUGUAGCGAGUGUGGAGAGUCACGCCAUCAGAACAUGCUUUAAUUCUGAAAGGUAGAGGUGGAAAAGGGGUUAAGAAACGUUCACCUCUGGAGCAACAAUCGACUAGUUGGGCAAGGAUACCGUUGUUUCGUGCGUGUCGGAAAUGAAGUCCACUCAAUUUUUACUAUCCACUGCACUUCUUUUCCUUCUAUCUGGACUUUCCAUGAUUACCGCUUGCAACAAGGCUCUCUGUGCCAGUGAUGUCAGCAAGUGCCUCAUUCAGGAGCUGUGUCAGUGCAGGCCCUCUGAUGGGAACUGCUCAUGCUGUAAGGAGUGUAUGCUCUGUCUGGGCACACUGUGGGAGGAGUGCUGCGACUGUGUGGGGAUGUGUAACCCCAGGAACUACAGCGAUACUCCGGCUACCUCCAAGAGCACGGUGGAGGAACUCUACCGACCCAUCCCCUCACUGUUCCGUGCCCUCACCGAGGGCGAAGCACCUAUCAACAUGAUGGUAGUAUCCUUCCCCGUGGCUGAGGAACUAUCUUACCAUGAGAACCUGGUGUCUUUCCUGGAAACUCUGGAGGACCAGCACCAAAAUGUCUCCCUGACCGGGAACAGUAUCCACACCAGCUACGAUAACACCCAAAGUACUGAAGAUAACAUGUGCACUGUGGUGUACUUUGACGACUGCGUGUCCAUCCGCCAGUGCAAGCAAUACUGCGAGUCCAUGGGGGGCUCCAAAUACCGCUGGUUCCACAAUGCCUGCUGUGAGUGUAUCGGCCCAGAGUGCCUCGACUACGGCAGCAAAACUGUCAAGUGUAUGAACUGCCUGUUCUGAUUGAAGCCAAUAGGACUGGCGACAUUAGGGUACUGUGUUCAAACUGCCACAAGGGGGCACUAUCUGGAGUAGCAGAUGGUGAAGGUUAACUGAGGAAUAUGACUUUCAUAAUGCUUCAGUAUUUUUAUGUAUUAUGAAUUAUUUUUGCUCAUUUUUAUAUUUUAUAGGUUCUUUAGCAAAUUAGAAAUAUAUCGUUUUGAAUUUUUUUCUAGUUAAGAGGAGAGGUCAAUGUUUUAAAAUGUGUAAUGCAAUGGCAUUUUAUUUUUGAUGUCAUGGAAAAUCAGAUAAAUGCUAUUUGUAUAAUUGUUUUAUCACGUGUUAUUUUAGGAAACAACGUCCAUAUUCAAUCAAACUAAUAGCCAGCCGUUCACAUGUUUGAUUUUAUAUGUGCAGUUAAAAUGAUUUGUUUCAUACUGUAAACAUUAUUUUAAAUCAAAUAAUUUAAUAUCAGUUCGGCCAGACAUAUAGGACAUGUUUGGUACAGAUGGGUUAAGUUCAGCUGGCCAGACAAGAUAGAAUAAGCACGGUUUGUACGGUGAUGGAAUUUUGUGUUUUCCAGGCCUGAAAAAGUUAGGACAAGUUUGGCCAGAUAUGAUCAUUUCAGAAAUAAGUUUGGCCGGCUAGAUGGGAUAAGUUUGGCCAGAUGAAACUAGUUCAGCUGGCUGGCCCGAUAGGACAAGUCAUCAAGACAGAUGAGAUAUAAGUUCAGCUGGCUGGACAGAUAACCCAUCUGGCAGAACUUACCCUAUCUGGCAAAUUGUCCAAACUUGUUAAGGUCAGCUCGCUGGAUAGAUGAGACAAGUGCAGCCAGAUAAGUUUGGUAGGCCGGUCAGACAGAUAAGUUCACAACCGGGGACCAGCAUGUGGGGGUGUUGGGGGUAUCCGAGCUUCAUCAGCCAACACUAGAUAUUGGUUAAUCAAAUCUUCCCAUUCCGGCUUAAUUUGGCAUGCCUUCUUAAACAGCCAAACUUUAUACGCAUUCACACAUCAAGUCUUCUCUUGAGUUGGGCUCAGGGAUGGAACAACUGUUGAACAUUUGAGUUUGGUGUGGGGGUAGGUCGAACUAUGGGUGGAAAGGGAGAGAGGGGCAUGCAUCCCACAUCAGUUGACCAAAAUGUAGAAUUCCUACUACUGGCCAUUAUGGGUAGCAAUCAUUAGAAGUGCUUAUUAUUAUGCAUAUUAUUUGUCAAUUGUGGGAAUAAAUUAGGAUAUGCAUGUUUUUUGAAAUAUGCUGUACAACUGAGGGGAAGGGGUUCGAAAUGAUGUUCGCUGCGGAUCUGGUUCUGUACUGUAGGUGGCACCAUGUGCUCUUUUUAAAGUAUGAGCCCAUAUCUAUUGAAAGGCCCUAGGAUCCAUGUGUAAAGGGUUGGUCAGACGUUCACUGGAAUGACAACCCUACAUGGGAUGGGGGUGGAAUAUUGAAGGACAAUUAGAGGUUUCCUUAGUCACAGCUACGAUAUGCUUAACAGUGCAAAUAUUAUGGUACAGUUUAUAUGGACACUCAAUUACCAUGGUACUUCUUAAUGGUAAGUUUAUAAACAUGGUAAGUGGUGAAAUAAGUAUAGCUAGUUAAACUUGUAUGUAAUGGUGUUGCAGAUAAUAACAAGACUAUCCGUCUUUAUCUGGCUAAAAGACAAGGAAUAUAAUAUCUAUUCUUUGCAGGAAACUCAUUCUACACUUAGGCAAAGUUGUAUGGACAAAAUGACUGGGGGGGUUGUAAAAUGUAUUUCUCCCAUGGACAAAGAAACUCAAAAGGAGUGAUGAUAUUAACAAGUUUGAUCUGAAUAUGCAAACUGUGCAAACAGAUCCGCAAGGAAGGUGGAUCCUUUUAAAUAUGCUAUUGGACCUAAAACAGAUUGGUCUCAUUAACCAUAUAUGGUCCAAAUAAUGAUACUAUAUAACUUGACUUUACAGGCAAUACAUGACGCAAUUAUUAUUGUGGAAGAUUAUAUUACGGUUUUAAGUACCUCAAUGGACCGUAAAAGUUUGUAGUGUGACUUCCAUCACCCUCAUGCUCUUAAAGAAAUUACGAAUAUUAUGCAUAUAUCUGAACUAGUGGAUAUAUGGCGGACUAGUGAGAGAAACAUGGCGAAGGAUCAUUCAAGCUAGUCGUCUUAAUUACUUUCUUAUGUCAUUGUCGCUGGCAAGUGUUGAUAAGGGACAGAAUGCUGUCAGGCCAUCAAAUAAUUGUUAUACACAUUACACUUACAGAAUGUACACGAGGGCGAGAAUAUUGGAACUUUAAAUCAAAGCCUACUGGACGACAAAUUGUUUUUAACCAAGAGAAUAAUUUACAACUUACUUUUCCCCUAUAUAGCAUAGACACAGUGGAUCCCCUUAUUGUAUGGGACACUUUUUGAUUGAACAAAAAUAUAUCCCAUGUUUCAUGAUCUGAAAUAAAAGAUCACAAAUGUUCCAUAUGCAACAAAAGCUUAUUUCUUUCAAAUGUUAUGCACAAAUUUGCUAACAUCCAUUAGUGAGCAUUUAUCCUUUGCCAAGAAAAUCCAGCACCUGACAGCUGUGGCAUAUCAAGAAGCUGAUUAAACGGCAUGAUCACAUAACCCAAUGCCACAGAUGUCUCAAGUUCUUGGUCACCUCCCUGACCAAGGCCCUUCUCCCACGACCGCUCAGUUUGGCCGGGCAGCCAGCAUUAGGAAGAGUCUUGGUGGUGCCAAACUUCUUCCAUUUAAGAAUGGCCACUGUGUUCUUGGGAACAUUCAAUGCUGCAAAAAUAUUUUGGUACCCUUCCCCAGAUAUGUGCCUCGACACAAUCCUGUCUCGGAGCUCUACGGACUAUUCCUUCGACUCAUGGCCUGGUCUUUGAUCUGACAUGCACUGUCAGCUGUGGGACCUUAUGUUGACAGGUGUGUGCCUUUCCGAAUCAUAUCCAAUCAAUUGGAUUUACCACAGGUGGACUCCAAGUUGUAGAAACAUCUCAAGGAUGAUCAUAUGAAAAAGGACACACCUGAGGUCAAUUUCGAGUCUCAAUGCAAAGGGUCUGAAUGCUUAUGUAAAUAAGGUAUGUUUUUUUGUGUUUUUUUUAAUACAUUAGCAAAAUGUUCAAUUUUUGUUGCUUUCUCAGUAUAGGGUAUCUGGCCGAACUUGUUUUAUCUGGCAAGCCGGCCAAACUUAUCUUAUUGGACCGAACACCAAAUGUGUCCUGACCGGCAGGCCGAACUUUACUUACCUGUUCAGCCAGUCGAAUUUGUCCUGUCUGUCUGGCUGACCGGAAAGGCCGAACAUAUCCAACUAGACGUUGGAACAUUGCUGCAGGGACUUGCUUCUUCAGCCACGAGCAUUAGUGAGGUUGGGCACUGAUGUUGGGCUCGCAGUCUGCGUUCCAAUUCCUCCCAAAGGUGUUCGAUGGGGUUGAGGUCAGGGCUUUGUGCAAGCCAGUCAAGUUCUUCCACACUGAUCUCAACUUAUGCUAUCUAGAACUUAUCCUAGCCAGCCAGACCCGAUCUGACAGCUACCCUAAUAGACAGCUACGAAGAAUAUAGAUAAACUCUCUUGGUAAAUAGUGUGGUCUACAGCUGUACAAGCCCCAUAAUGCUGCCAGAAGGGCAACACACAGGAGAGGACUGGGGGAAGUAAGGUGACUUCCGUGUAGUUGGAGAUGAGGCCAGAGCUAAGACGAGGGAGUUGAGUUUGUGUGCCCGACAGGAUACGGCCAGAACCGGAGCCCAGAAGAUGGUAUCCCGGAGAGGGUCUCAUGGGGGAGACUUAUCCUUUUCAUUUGAUUUAUUAUUUAAUAAACUCCCUUGAAACCGA